GCAGUUCGGCUGAUGGAUAGCGACGUGGACCAAUGGGGUGGCGGGAGGGAGGUGGGCUGUAUGGUGUGGAACGUCCGGAGUGCCUAUGUUGGAACGCCGGUGUGUGUAGCCGGCAGUGUAGCGACUAGUGUCGCGCGUGGCUCGGGGCUACCACCUGGAUUCAGGUACAGUGAACAAGGACAACUCCCUACCACUCAAUGGCUCUGCAGUUACUGCACUGAGGAAGGAGACAGCUUGGAGCCAUUCACUGCAGAGAAGAAGGCACCGUUAGCUUUAUCCUGAUCACUUGAUUGCUGCCACGGUUUGGGACUGUGCUGUUGCACCCAGAGGCAACGGUUACCUGCUCAGAACUUUCUGAUCACUCCCGCACACCUGCAUACUGCUAGAGAAACUCAGUUCAGACUAAACCCUGAAUUAAAGUUUUGCACUUUAGAGUUAAUAAUUCAGAGUGAAAUAGUUGUACGUAAGCACUGCCACUGGCUGUUGUCCUGACCUUUUUUCAGCCGAGUUUUUUUGAAGUUUGUAUUAUAGACAUAGUCGGAAAAUGGUUUGGUCCAACAAAAGCCUCCACGCUCUUCUGUUACUUGGAUUGUUGCUGUUAUGUUGUCUAUCAUCAACAUAUGACAAGUUAUCUUGUCCCACUUGCAAAAAGAUAGCAAGCAAUUUCUUAAAGGCUGUAGAAGAUACCUCCAGAAAGAAUUUUGGUGGUGGAAAUACAGACUGGGAAGAAAGGUAUUUGUCAAAGUAUGAAUUCAGUGAGACCCGUCUUGUAGAGAUUAUAGAGUCCUUGUGUGAGAAUUCUGAAUUUGAAUGUAAUCUUAUGGUGGAAACCCAUGAAGAGUAUAUCGAGCGUUGGUGGUUCACAAUGCAGAAAAAUCAUCCUAAUUUCUUCCUCUGGUUUUGCGUGGAUACAAUUAAAGCUUGCUGUCCUGCUGGUACCUUUGGUGUCGACUGUGUUGAAUGUCCUGGCGGUGCUGAUAAACCCUGUAAUGGGCAUGGUUCAUGCAAUGGCGAUGGUACACGGACUGGUGAUGGCUCUUGUAGUUGUACCAAGGAAUACAAAGGCGAAGACUGUCUAGACUGUGCAAAUGGUUAUUACAGUGAAUUCCAGAAUGAAACCUAUUCUCUUUGCACUGCUUGUCACCUCGCCUGCAAACUGUGUACUGGUCCAUCGAGCAAGAAUUGCACUGAAUGUGCAAGUGGCUGGAUAGAAACUGGCACUAAUGAAGGUGGUGUUACUUGCGUAGAUGUUGAUGAGUGUUUGGCAGAAACCACACCUUGUAAACGACACACAUACUGUUCAAACACAGAAGGGUCCUACUCCUGUGAAGCUUGUGAUGUUGCCUGUGAUGCAUGUACUGGAGGGAGCCCAGAAGAAUGCAUCAAUUGUACAACUGGGUACACAUUGGAAGAGCAAAAAUGCAUAGAUGUAAAUGAAUGCAGCAUGGAUGAUAAAGUAUGUACACAUGAAAAUGAAGACUGUAUUAACACUGAAGGCAGCUUUAAAUGUGUGUGCAGUGAAGGCUACGAAGAACGAGAAGGAAUCUGUGUAGAAAUAAAAGUAUCAGCAGAAAUGAAGGAUUCUGAAGAUCAGAAUGUUGUCGAACCUGAAGCUCUUGCAGAUGUUGAUCCUCAUGAAGAUCUUUGACGCAUUGCUUAACAUAUUAAUUCUUAUAUAUAGAAAUCUGUGGUUAUAUUUUGAAAAAGACUGCUAUUGAUAAAUGAGAAACAAGUUAUUUUUCAACCAGAAAGUUGAACAUGUUGCCAAUGGGAUCUGUUUACAUUACCAAAAGCUGCCAGUUCCUGGCCUGUUUCCAUUUUCAACUCCUUGGGUCAAAAUGCUCUUGGUUUUUUUUGUGUCACAAGUGUUUAGUUUCACUUUGUCCUUUUUUAAUGGGAACAAAUUUGUCAAUAAAAGAAAGAAAAACUACUGUAGUGCUUUUGAUGUCUGUAUGUCUACCUGGAAGGUUAAAAGUUGUAACCUUGAUACAUGAUCUUUAUACGAAGAGCACUGAGUCUCAUUUCUGCAAAUUUAAAUUCUAAAUAGUUUUUAGUUGACCUUUGAAUGUACCUUUUUUUUUUGUUGUGAUUUUUAUACCUUUGUUUGCUACAGGUUGGAGUUGUUUUUAAAUGAACAUUAUAAAGUGGUAAUUCUGGUUUUCUCACUGUAACUACUAAUUUAAAUAUGAUCAGAUUGUCAUUUGAUCUCUGAUUCUCCUCAAUACUGACUCACUUGUUGGUCAAUUCCAGUAUUUUUCACUCAUUGCAGAUUUUGUUCAGUGUUGGUUCUCUCCCUGUUUCCCCGACUAACAUAAAAAGGUAUUGUUUAUAAUCAACCUGCAUUUGUAACUAUGAUCCUUGUGUUUGAUAUUAACAAUUCUGCAAAGUGAAAUCUUAUUUAAUAAUGUUUGUGGCACUCCUGCAUUCAAAUGGCUUAACGUAAUAUUAAAUAUGUGUCAAUUGUCUCAAAUAUGUUGUAGGUAUGUUGGAAUAGAGAAUUCUUGGGGUUGCAGUUAAUUGGAAAAUUGACAUUCAUUUUCGAAUCUCUAAUCCAUAUUUAUAUUUAAUGCAAGAAUUAAGUUUGUGGGCUUGUGUAAAUAGCUUUGUGUACAAAACAAACAUGUUGAACAGAGAAUAUUCCUGUCUAUUUUGCACUGUUUCACUUGUGUACCUUUACAAAACUGGGCAUCCAGCAUCAUAAGCUACUUUGCUGUGUUGGGAGAUUGGAGCCGUUAUUAAAUCUGCUGUGUUGUCAGUAAAUAUGAGUUUGUUAUCAAGGAGUCAAAGCAAAGAUGGAAUCAGUGAGAGUCUGGGCAAAACUCUCAUUUGGUUUAGAGUUGUAACAAAUACAUAAGAACUUGGUUGUAGUUGCCAAAAGUCCAUGGACAUCACUGCAAGAGUUCCUCAGGGUCAUGUUCUUGCCCAAACAGCUGCUGUAUCAAUGAACUUUGUUCUGUCAUGAGUUCAGAAUUGGGAACGUUGUGCAAUCAUUAGCAAAAUGUUCAGCACCAUGCGCUAAAGUAGCUUCUGUUCAUACACAGCAAUACCUGGACAACACUUAGGUUUGAGCUGAUAAUUGGCAAGGAACAUUGGCUGGCAGUUGUGUAAUUAAUGACCAUCUCCAAGAAGAGACUAUUUAACCAUCGCCCCUUGCCAUUCAAUGGAACUGCCAUUGUUGAGGAAAGCUAAUAGAAUGUUAUCAUUUAUUGCAAUUUAAUUAAAAUACACAAAAUUCUGAGGGGUCUUGACAGGGUAAAAGUGGAAGAGAUGUUUGCUUUUAGCAGGAAAUCUAGAAUCACUGUUUAAAGGUUAUCCACCAAAGCAGCAUUGAAGUGAAAUGUUUCUGUGAGCAUAGUGAGUGUUUGGAACUCUGCUUCCAUUCUGCUGUUUCAGGAAGAAAGUCCUAAACUAUUUAUAAGGCAGAGGUAGAUAGAUUCUAAUGGCGAUAAAAGCUGGUCAGAGGCUAGAAAUUCUGGGGCGAAUAACUCCCCUCCUAGCUUAGAGUCAUAGAGAUGUACAGCAUGGAAACAGACCCUUCGGUCCGACCCGUCCAUGCCGACCAGA